GCUCGCCCGGGGCGUCCUCGGCGGAGACCGCGCGGCGGAGCAGACGGAGCGCCUCGCUGCCCCGCAGGUUCUCAGCCCUGGUUCUAAGAUGCUGGGAUUGGGGAAUGGGCGUCGCAGCAUGAAGUCUCCGCCCCUUAUUCUGGCUGCCCUGGUGGCCUGUGUCAUUGUGCUUGGCUUCAACUACUGGAUUGCUAGCUCCAGAAGUGUGGAACUCCAGACACGCAUCGUAGAGCUGGAAGGCCGGGUCCGCAGGGCGGCCGCAGAGAGAGGUGCUGUCGAGCUGAAGAAGAAUGAGUUCCAGGGCGAGCUCCAGAAACAACGAGAGCAACUGGACAGGAUCCAAUCCAGUCACAGCUUCCAGCUGGAGAACGUCAACAAGUUAUACCAGGAUGAGAAGGCGAUUUUAGUGAAUAACAUCACCACAGGCGAGAAGCUCAUUCGAGACCUGCAAGAGCAGUUGAAGGAGCUGCAGAGGAGUUACGGCAGGCUGCAGCAGGACAUCUUCCAGUUCCAGAAGAACCAGACCAGCCUGGAGCAGAAGUUCUCCUAUGACCUGAGCCAGUGUAUCAAUCAGAUGAAAGAGGUGAAGGAACAAUGUGAAGAGCGGAUAGAAGAGGUCAUCAGAAAGCGAAAUGAAGCAUUAGUUUCCAGAGAUGUGGCUGAAACAAACGACCAACAUCAGCAGGCCAUCAAGCCUCAGCCCAAGCUUCAGGAAGUAGUCCCAUUAAAGGAAAAGAAGCCACAAGAGCAAGGGGGUGUGCUCAGAAACAAGUCCCAGAUACCAGCCCCCAAUUCAGAGGGGUGGGGUUUGAAGCCACACAUGCAGAAUGAGGAAACCAAUGAGAUUCAGGUUGUCAGUGAGGAGCGUGGUCUGCAACUGAUGAAGGCAUCCGUCCAACGGCAGGCGGUGGUGGAUGGCACACUUGUAGGAACCGAGAAACUUGAUCAGAACACACAGGCGCCAGUGGCCCUGAUGGCCAGGCCUGAGGAGGAGCCUCAGUAUCCUGAACGGGAGCAGCUUGUCAUCCGUGAUGGACAGGAGCAGCAACAUGCUGCCGAGGAAGGGGGAGGCCAGCAGAACCUAGGAGACGAGUACAACCUGGAGGAAAACGAAGCAGAGUCUGAGAGGGAGAAGCAGGCAGCCCUUGCAGGGAAUGACAGAAAUAUAAAUGUUCUUCAUGCUGAAGCUCAGAAGAGAGGCAUAAUACAUUUACCUGAUGGGAGUGAAAAGCAGAGUCACAGUCUAAAUCAAGUGGGAGUCCACAUUCCUCAAUAAGCCUGAAGAGAAUUCCUACGGAGAUUCACCCGUGACUCUACUGUGAAAUGUACCAAGUAAAAGAACAUCGGCCAAUGAUUAUUGGGGUGUAAUCAGUACAUUUUAGCGACCACUCAGACAGUCUGGGGUAGUUUUAAAGUGUCUACAGAAGUUGUCAAAAUUGGUCAAGCUUUCUUGAUUAACAGGUAUUUCUUGAGCAGGUCAACACCAAAAAGAGAAAUGAGGUUGUCCUGUAUAGGCAGCUGCCAACGACAAUGGCUCCCUUCUCAUGCUGGUGCUUGCCAGUGUCUGUCCACUGGUACUAAGCAGUCCAUCACUCCUGCACACACUUGAUUCCACCAUCAAUGGCCUAGAGCUCUUGCUGUCAGCCUCAAUACAAAGCAGUUCUGUGCAAAAAAUACAUUAAUUAAAAGAUAGCCACUGCACCUGGCUUUCUUCAGCAUUCAGAAGGCUGAGGCAGGAAGACUGCUGCAAGUUCUGAGCCAGCUCAGAGCUACAUAGUGAGUUCCAAGCUAGGAUGAACAAGAAAGCAAGCCCCUGUCUCAAAUGUCAGUGAGAGUUGUUUUUAAAAGACUGGUUUAAAUACCUUCACUACUCUUUUGAUGUACAGAACACUAUUAAGUUACUCACAAUGUGAGCACCUAUGGUCUGGGCAAAGAGUUUCUAGUAAGUCACUCAUCUCACCCACAAGGGCAGUGCCAGCAUUAGGCUUGGGACAAAGGCUGCAUAGACAGUCAGAGCAGAGGCCCAGACACUUAUGUCGACACAGGUGUCCAAGAAGAAGGGCUGGCUGCUGGAGGAUACCCAGGUUACAAGCUGGAUACCUACAAAGGCAGGAGCAACACAGGAACUGUUCUUGUUCUCUCCCCCUGUAGUUUACAUACUGUUUGAAAACCACACAAGGUUAAUUUUAGCUAUGAAAGACUUGUAGUUCAUUGAAGGUAAUGUGUCGUAAGUUCUUGACUCUGAUCAGUAGGUUCUAACCAAUUGCAGAUUGACUGCAGUCACCCUGAGGGCUCCUUCCAGAAAUGACCUCUCUGAAGAGUGGGACAGUCCUCAGGGUUGGUCUGACUCGGAAUUGCUGCUUAAAUAAGAAGCAGCAGCACUAGAGGCAUAGGACAGCACCUAGUGCCUUCUUUGGGAGGGGGCUGAAGAUUCCUGCAGUGAAGUGGAUGCCCGGGGGUGGUGGUGGUGGUGGUGGUGGUGGUGGUGGUGGUGGCAUCUGUCCUAUCCCCACUAUGCCUAUUUACAAGCACACAUUUAAACACCCAUGGCAGAUGUGGGUUGCCUCUCACUGCAAAGCCAACCAGAUCUGGUGCUCACUGUACCCAGAUCUGACAUACAACUCCAUGUUUAGAUGGAUACUGUCCAAUGUUACAAGCCAUUUUCCUUCACACUUACUAACUUGCCAGAGCCGCAGACGUACUGUGUUCUUAGCAUACACCUUUUCUACUCCUGGGUCCCAAGCACAAGGGGACUUCAUACUCUCUAGUGCUUGUUUUCUGUCUUAAAUUGGUUUUGGUUUAAAGUGUAGAUAUUGCCGACACGUUGUGCUGAUUUCCUUUUUAACAAGUAAAAUAGGUAAGGAUCACACUCUGCCCUCUGGGUCCUAAAUUCCAGGGUGCCUAACAGCCAUACUUGACAGUUGAGCCAGACUACCGCUAUACUGACCAGGAAGUAAGCAACAUCCUGUCUUCAUUAGUAUCUUCAUCAAGUUCAGUCAGGCAUGCUUCAAAGUGUUUCUAGGAAAUGGGAGGUAUCAAAGGGUUGGGCUAGGCAUAGCUCCGUGAGAACUUCUGCCCAGUAUGUCUGAGGCCCUGGGUUGCAUCCUCAGCCAAACAGUGUCACAUUAGAGUUAGGCCGCUGAAAUCUUAGGAUCAUUUUUGCUGCAAGCCAAAUGAACUACCACUAGUCUUAGGCCAAACCGCAAGGUCAGACUGAAUUUCAGGGUAGCUCACUUUGCUAAAAGCAUGCCCCUUCAGUGUACAAAAGGGAAACCCCACAGGCUCAGACAGUUGUCACAGCACACCAGUGAAGAGACCAGCAGAGGAAUGAGCAGCAAAUCAAGGACGGGGCCUCUGGCUGGUGGAUCAAGAACAAAACCUGCACUUCAGUACACUUGAAACCUCAACUGGAACAAAGGGACCACCACAUUCAGACAAGACCGGGGUUCAGCAGCCUGCACACUCCUGCCUGCUGACACCAGCGCAGACACUGCAGUGUCAUGUGGCUCUUCUUCAACUGCACGACUACAGCCCUUACAAAUCUGUGUCACAACAGUCAAUCCUCAUGUACUCUAGUAAUCCUCUUGCUUCGAAAUCAAUUUGUAAUUUGACCAGAAUCUAAAUCCUUAAUAAAUCUCAUGUUUUGAAACUUCAA